AUGGCUCUGAAUACCCCGCUGUCUCCACAAAGCCCUGCAAUCAGAAAUCUGUGGACGCUGGAAGUCGUGGACCCCUUUCUCAAUGGGAGGGUGAUGGCUGCAGAACGGACACUUCCUGAUUCCCUAGCAGAGAUUUUUGAUGUGCUUAGCGCUUUCGGUGAUGAGCCUUUGCGUAGGCGAAGAGCUGUCUGUGGUGCGGAUGCUUUCCAAAAUCACUACUUUCCUGGGGCUGAAAACAUUGCUGAGCGCUACAGCUUCGGUGCCAGAUCGUGGCAGCUGAACAAACUGGAGGUCCUGGGAGAUGAUGUUCAUGUAAACAGGCCUGUGAGGAGGCAAAAGGAGAUUUGGGAAGAUGCAGUAAGAUAUGAGAAGAAAAUUAUUCUGCCCCCUAGCAAUCUUGAUCUGGAGCGCAGCGUCCCUCCUCGCCCGCGGAUUAACCUGCGCUUGUUUGGUUGCAGGGAGGAAGCCAGGGAACCGGAGUCCUGGAGCACCUUGUCUCACACCGUGCACUCAGGGGACUACAGCGUGAAGCACCACCGCGGGCUCGAUGUUUACAUGCUGACGGCUGAAACCAAGGAAUGGGCAGCAGCAAGCUUGGAGAGUGACAUACGGCACCUUCGGAUGCACAUGCAGAGCCACCAGCACAUGAGUUUAAAGCAGAAGACUGAGCCUGUCCUGGGAGAUUCUGGAGACAGCUGUGCUAAAGGAGCAGAGCUAGAUGAACACCUGGCCACUACCUCUCAGAGCCCGCAAGAAAUGGCAAAAGAAGGAAGGCAAGAAGGUCCAUCUGAUCUUGUUCACCUGGACAUCGGGCAGCUCUCAGACCAAACCCACCAGGAGGAGAAAUGCAACAGCAGGAGUUCAGGAGGUUUUAAAGAUGCGCCCCAUGACUUGCUGAGUCUGGGGGAUGCAAAGAGCCCAGAGUGCUUCUGUGAAAGUAAAAAUACAGUGACGUUGAGUAAAGAGGAAGAGGAGGGGCCAACCUCUGCUGAAGGCUCUGGUACUUUAUCAGAUGAGGACUGCACCGUGGGCCUGUGUACAAGUGUAAACUGUGCCCUAAAUCUUCCAUCCUGUGGAAAUACAAAUGAGGAAGCUGGAAUGACAUCUGCUGGAGUUGGUUUGGAUCAAGCUGGUUUGUGCAGUAAAGACAGUCCCCAUCAGGAAGCACGGGCUGCCGAGGAGCGCGCAGCUGACAGCACUGUUACUGUGGCUGAAACUGCAGGCGAAACCCCAGCUUCCUUGGAGGGCGUGGAUGUGGCUAUGGGCCAAACCGAAUGCAGGAACUGUACAGGGGCGGCUGAGAAGGCUGUGGGCCAGCAGCAGGUAGAGGAUGGGAUGGCUGAGGCCGGUGAAAGGAGGACUGCAAACCUACUAGAGCAAUCACCAGCUAAAGAAGAGGCAGCCAGUACUGCUCAGCCCUUACUCAGUGGUUUUAAUGGCACUGAGUGUGCAGAUGGGGAGGAUGCAAGCAUGAGAGUGGUACCGGCACGUGAUGGUAUGACAGCAGACAGUGGCACUGGUGAUGUCUCUGUUGACCUUUGCAAGACUGAUGAUAAAGAGACUGGAGUGGACACAUGCACUGAUCAGGUAAACAGUGGCUUCUUGGACAGCCAAGGUGAUGCCUGUGUUGCCCCAAGGCAGAAUGUCACUGCAAGCACCAGCGUGGCAUUGCCGGCAGUGAAUGGAGUGAAGGCUCCUGCUUGUGCAUCAAAACCUGGUCCUGGUUUGGAAAUCCAUGGCAGUGGUAAGAGCGAGGAGCGAGAAGGGCAGGUGAAAGCAGAUGGAAAAUCCAGCUCGGUCUCACUGGAAGACAGUGUGGAAACUGAUGGCCCUGAUGCUAAACUAGAAAAUUCUGAAGUUGAUGGAUCUAAUCAAAGCAGUGCAGAACCUGUGUGUUGCCAGGAGAGUGGUAAGAUCACUGAAUGUGUGGCUGAAGCAAUGGAGGGCAGUGAAGUCUGUGAAAUGAAGCCAGAAGGAACUGAUACCAGCAGCAGCGGAGAUGGAGGAAGCACAAAUUCUGCAGAUGGAGGUCAGGAAGUUGCUAACUGUUGCCCUUCUGCUGAUCAAACUGUCGUUAAAGAUGAAAUGGGUGACAGCUUCAAGCCAAACACUGCUCAAGAGGGCAAAUGUGAGCCUGGACCAGUCCCUCCGGCGGAUGCGAGCCAGUGCGUGGCAGAAAAAGAGCCUGCACAAACCGAAGCAGAGAUAGCAGAAAGUGCUUCAGAGCAGGAGGGGCUGAGUGAGGAGAUAAAAUCACUCACUCCUCUACCCACCGUGAGCCAGGAGGGAGAUGCUGCAGUGGCACCUCCCGGGCAGGAGGCCGCUCUGCAAGGUAUCGACCCUGCAUUAGCUCCGUGUGCCAAGGACACAGACUGUGUGAAGGAUAAUUUAACAGACACACCCUCUGUAAUUCAUAAUGAAGAAUCUAAACAAAACCAGGAAGCGGUGGCGGCGGUGGCAGAGCUCGCCCAGCAGCACAGCGGGGAGCAUGGCAGGGUAGCUGCUGGAGCCAGCUGGCAUGGCGACCCCGUGGGGGACGAGGGCUCUCCGGAGCAGAACAGCUCUCAGGAGGCUGAAGGAGGCAAAGCUGAGGUUCACCUGGAGGCAUGUGCCAGUGACAGGGAGCAGGCUUUGUCAGAGGAACUUCAUGCCGCUGUUGUGAAACCCACUGCCUGCAGCCAGGUCGAGGCUGUGGCAGGUGGCAGUGAUGUGGAUGCUGGGCUGAAAGGAUUGGUCUCCACCAAAGAAGUGUGUGAGACCAAGGCAGUGGAUGCAGGAGAAGGCACCGGGCAUGAACCCACAUUGGUGGGUGAGUCACCAGGUGCGGAGAGCAACUGCAUUCCAGAUGCAAGGCUGAACGAAGGACAUGAUCCCAGUGAAACCCAACAGUGCAUCUCCCCACAUAGCAGCACCCCCGAAUUAAAGGAUGCUUCAGAAUUGGAAGCCCCGAGUGAUGCCUGUGGGGGUAAGGAAGUGUUAAGGCCAGUGGCAAUAACCCCAGUCACAGCAUAUCCAGAAGAGCAGGAGGAUAUGGAAAGCGUGCUUCCUCGGGCAGCGCUUCAUCCCAUCGCAGAAGAGCCCAUGUGUGACAGCGACUCCAGCACCGACACCGUUUGUCCGACCAGUGAGAGCGAUACCGGUCCCACUGCGAAAGCAGCUCAGGGGGAGGUCUUGGCUGAGCCCGAUGGAAAGCAAAGCCAAGCCGUACCCAAAUCACCUUUCGUGCCGUCUUCGUGCCGUUUACACGCUGUUGAGUCACUGGAAAGUGUGGGAGUAAAGAGUUUGGUUUCGGCAGAGAAUGGCUUCUCUCUGGAUAAGGUUCCUAAAAUGGUAAAAAGUUUUGAUGCGGUGGUUUUUGCAGCAGAGACACCUUGUUCCCCUGAAUUGCCAGCUGCAGAAAAAGUGGGGCUUGGGCCCCAGACUGCAGUGGAUGUGGGAGCCAGCCUGAAUGGAGAGAUGGAUUUAAGUUCCUCGACAAAGAAGAAGAACACCAGCCCAGCAGUGCAAGGAGUGGAGCCUGUUACAGGGAAGCUGGAAAUGAAAACUGAAGACGAGGUGGAUUUUCUGAAAGAUCGCCACGAGUGCGCAGCCCACGAGGAAGCGGAUUACAUCGAGCUGGUCAAUGCCAAGGUGUUUGAGGACCAGGAUUUUGACAGUUGCAGGUUUGAGUCGCCUUUGCCAGAACUUGAGCUGGUGGUUACAAAGCACCUCAUAGAACCAGGGGACCAGGGCCACCCUCCAGGGCUGGAUGAAAAGGCCUCCAAACCCUUCACAAAGCUCUGCGAGUGGAGCGGAUCCCAGCAGCAGGAGAUAAACCGUGAAAGCUGGUGUUCGCUGGAGCCAUGUCCUGAUUCCUCCCUGCUGGAACGCAAGCAGACGCGGGAGUCUCCAGAAUGUGAGAACUUCUUGGAGGAUGGGCUGAGCAGCGUCUGCGCCUCCUCACAGGGUGUCCUUAAAAGAGGGUCUGGGAGCGAGUCCGACCUGUUCCCCUUGCCUGGUGAUGGAAUGGAAGACCUCGUCUUUGGAAAGCAGCCUGAGGAGGAGCAGUCUGCCUCUGAUGUCACCAGCUCCAGUUCCUCUGCAGAUGACACCAUGUCCCUGGAGAGGAACUCAUCCCUGGGCAGUGACACCUACCUGCCCUUCCCGCCGACGGCGAGCUUCGUCCAGCCCAAGGACAAGCACAGCCUGGAUGGCAGCUGCACCAACAUGGUGGCCACAGAGGGAGAGAAGGAAGAGGAGCUGGACAGCAUCACGGAUGUGCCCACUCGUUCCUCCGUCUUGCGAAACUCCAUGCGGCCACUGUCACCUUUCCGCCGCCACAGCUGGGAGCCAGGAAAGAACGCCGCCAACGAAGCAGAAAUAAAUCAGAGGAGUUUGAGCUGGUGUCCCUCUGGUGUACAGUUCAUUCCCAUGGGUCCUGACUUUACUUGUAGAAGUUACAGCCUCGAAGGCCUUACUGGAGACUCUGGUGAGAACAAGAAGCCCUCUACAAACUUGGAGGCUUCGUCUCUGGGCUCCAAAGACCUCAGACAGAGUCCGCUUGCCAGCAGUCAAGACGGAUCCCUGGUCUUGCUCACUGAAGAACUUGAGCAGGGGGAGAUCAGAGACUACGAUCACCAGAUGCAUCAAACAUCGCAGCCACAAGGAUUGAAUUUCUGUUCUUCCACUGUUUCAUCUCCACUGACCAAAUCUACGUCUCUAACGUCAAUUAGUAAACCAGUGCUGGACAGUACGCAGGCAUCCAGCGGCUCCACAGGUCCCUCAGUUCAGAGCGUAUCUGAGGAGAGCAGCAGUGUCCCUGCUGGUAAAGGAACAAAAGUCAGCCGCACCUUCAGCUACCUCAGGAAUAAAAUGUCCAGCAGCAAGAAGAGCAAAGAAAAAGAGAAAGAUAAAGAGAAGACUAAAGAGAAGGACAAAGAUUCCAAGGAGAAGGAAAAAGAUAAGAAGCUGUUGAACGGACACCUCUUCACUGCAACCUCUGCUUUAGCCCAAGCAACCUGUUACCACUGUAUGAAACCUUUCAAUAAGGAUUCGUACUACUGUGCAAACUGCAAUGCAAUUGUUCACAAAGGCUGUAAGGAGAGUUUUGCUGCUUGUUCAAAGGUCAAAAUGAAG